AAUACGUUUUAUUUGUGGAUGUAGAGAAAAAUGUACGGAGAAAAGGGAAUACAGUUGAUAAGAGAAGCGGCAAGGUCAGAGGAAUCUUUGGCGCCCUUCAACGAAGAUAUCGUCAGACAAACGUUAGAGGAAACAAGAAACCUCUGGGAUGAGAACAGGGCCGAGGUGGCGCUAAACUCCACAAUUUCUCCUGCCAUUACGCUCAGGCACGCUGCUAUCGAGCGUAACAAAAGAUGUUUAUUAGCGUAUCUAAACAAUAGGAUGGAGACAAUCCGUGAAAUGAGAUGGCAGUUUGGGGCAGUUUUACCUGAGGGUAUACGGUUAAAUCUAGCUGAACCAGAACUUGAGUUCUCAAGGUAGGGAAUACGGUUAAAU